UUAACUGAUAAAUAAACGAGUUAACAAUACAAUUAUCUUAUUGAGCUACAAUGGUUUGGAACGUUAGGGAAGCUUCCAAUUUGAAACAGUCAUCACAAGUAGCCAAACCCAGCCAGAUAAACAAUUAAACAACAAAAUAUUGGGAAAAAACCAUUCCUCCAAUCGCUGCAAAAUGAUCCCAAUAAUCCUAACAAUCACAGUGGUGACAAUAGUGUACUAUUUGCUGCACCUCAACUACCAGUACUGGAAAAAAAGGGGAAUCCCCAACCCAAAGCCCGUAUUUUUGCUCGGCAAUUUUGGAAAAUGCUUCUUUUUGCGAGCGUCACCAGGACAAGUAUAUUACGAUGUUUACAAUAAAUAUAAAAACGAACAAGUGGUCGGACUGUAUCGAGCAACCACGCCUGUACUUCUAGUUCGUGAUCCUGAACUAAUUAAGGAAGUGAUGGUAAAGUCGUUUAGCAGUUUCCAUAAUAAUGAUGUGUACGUUUACAAAAAAAGGGACCCAAUUGUUGGGCGAAACCCUUUCGUCUUGAAGGGAGAGGAGUGGAAAAGUGUUCGGCAGCAGUUGACGCCAGGAUUCACAAGUGGAAAGAUGAAAUGGCUGUACCCUCUCUUAGACGAAGUGGCCGAAAACCUGGUCAAAUUCAUCGCCAAUCAGCCCAAAACCCUCAACGCCAAAGACGUGUGCGCCCGUUUUACGCUAAAUAACGUGGCAAGUUGUGCUUUCGGAAUUGAAGGCAAAUGCUUCGAGGAGGAAAAUAACCACUUCAGACAAAUGGCCAUUGAGUUCCUCUCGCCCAGUAGUUGGAGCUUCAUUGGUCUGUUCCUCGUAUUACUGAACCCGUCCUUGCUCAAAGUCCUCCCAAUAAAAUUCGUGACGAAAAACUGCGAGAAAAAACUGACCGACUUGGUCCAACAAACGGUGAAGUACCGCGAAGACAACAAUGUUGUCCGCAACGAUUUCCUCCACAUUUUGACACAACUGAAGAAAACCUCCAGCGAGUUCACGGACAUUGACGUGGUGGCACAUGCAGCUGGGUUUUUUGGAGAUGGCUAUGAGACUACUGCUGGGGUUAUGAGUUUUGUUUUGUAUUGUUUGGCGGAAAACCCCGACAUUCAGACAAAACUGCGGGAAUUAGUCGAUAAAGUGUUUGAAAAUAACGAGGAAAAAUUGCCGUAUGAAGUCUUGCAAGAAAUUCACUUCUUGGAUGCUGUGGUUAAUGAGACACUACGUUUGCAUCCGCCGGCUCUCCACUUCCAAAAAUUGUGCACACAGGACUUUACGUUCGUUUUGAAAAAUGCAAACAAGUCGGUGACUAUUGAGAAAGGCACUCCGGUUAUUGUGCCAGUUCAUGGGCUCCAUCAUGAUCCGGAUUAUUACGAAAGUCCGGAUUUGUUCAAGCCGGAGCGCUUUCUCCCGGAAAAUAAGGACAAAACGGUCAAGUGCACGUUUAUGCCUUUUGGUGAAGGCCCCCGGAGUUGUUUAGGACAAAGAUUCGGUUUGUUGCAAGUGAAAGUCGGAGUUGCGCAUAUUAUUCGCCAUUUUGAGUUGAGUGUCAAUGGGAAAACGCAAAGGCCGAUAAAGUACGAACCAACGAAUCCUGUGACGGCACCGGUUGGCGGAUUUUGGCUAAAUUUUAAGAAAAUUCAAAAUCAAAACCACUUGCUAUUCUAUAAAUACAAACAGUACGCAAUUCUCAAGGCCCUAGUUAAUCAUCAUCCAGAGAAAACUCGUUAUUGCAGUCGUCUCUCAACCGGCAAAAUGCUACCAAUAAUCCUGAUAGUCACAGCUGUGACAAUAAUUUGCUACUUAAUACACUUGAAUUACCAGUAUUGGAAAAAACGAGGUGUGAAAGGCCCAAGACCGCACUAUUUGGUCGGAAAUAUCGGCAAAGUGCUACUUUUGCAAGCCUCGCCAGGACAAGUUUUCGCCGAAGCUUACAAUGAAUUUAAAGAUGAAGAUGUGGUGGGUUUGUAUAGAGCCAUGUCGCCCAUAAUUUUAAUUCGUGACCCUGAGCUGGUCAAAGAGGUGAUUCUUAAGUCGUUUAAUAGCUUCCACGAUAAUGAUAUGUACAUAGAUAAGGGUACUGAUGCUAUUGCAGGGCGUCAUCCCUUUUUGUUAAGGGGGGAUGAUUGGAAAAUUACGAGACAAAAACUAACACCUGGAUUCACCAGUGGAAAAAUGAAAUGGUUGUACCCUCUCUUAGAAGAAGUAAGUGGCACUUUAAUAAAAUUCAUCGAAACCCACCCCGAAACAACAAACGGAACCGGUUGCGACAUCAAAGACCUCUGCGGCCGCUUCACCCUCAACAACGUCGCCAGCUGUGCCUUCGGCAUCGAAGGCAAAUGCCUCGAAGAAAAAAACAGCCAAUUCCAGCAACUGGCCCUCGACUUCAUGUCACCAGGAAGCACAGCCUUCUUCACCUUCUUCCUCUCCACAAUCAUCCCCUCCCUCUCGAAAAUCCUCAAAGUGCGGUUCAUCUCCCAAGACGUCGAAAACCGACUCGUCGACCUCAUCGGCCAAACGGUGAAGUACCGGCAGGAGAACAACGUGCUCCGGAACGACUUCCUCCACAUUUUGAUCGAAUUGACGAAAACCCACAAGGAUUACCAACUGAUUGACGUGACUUCGCACGCAGCUGCGUUUUUCGCCGACGGUUAUGAGACCAGUGCGUCGGUGAUGAGCUUUGUGCUGUACGAGCUGGCCGCCAAUCCCGGCGUCCAGGAGCGGCUGAGGGAAGAGGUGGAGAAAGCGUUUGCAAAAAAUGGGACUUUACCGUACGAUGGCUUGCAAGAAAUCCACUUUUUGGACGCGGUUGUGAACGAAACGUUGCGUUUGCAUCCGCCAUUGCAACACUUGCAAAAAGUUUGUACGAAAGAUUUUACUUUCGUGACCAAAAAUACGAACAAAACGGUGACGAUUGAAAAAGGGACAACUACAAUAAUCCCGAUUUAUGGGCUUCAACAUGAUUCGAAAUUUUUCGAAAAUCCCGAUUCCUUCCAACCGGAGCGGUUUUUGGGCUCUAAUAAGGAUAGUAUUGCCAAGGGGACGUUUUUGCCGUAUGGUGAUGGACCAAGGGCUUGUUUAGGGAUCAGGUUUGGUUUGUUGCAAAUUAAAGUCGGAGUGGCGUAUAUUAUCCACCAUUAUGAGCUGACUGUUAAUAAGAGGACCAAAGUGCCUUUGAAAUUUGUGGCUACAAGUCCUGUAACAGCGCCUGUUGGAGGAUUUUGGCUCAAUUUUAGAAAAUUAAAGUAAGGACCUGGUUUGAAUUUUUGGUACUAAUGUUAAGCACCCUUUUUUAUUUUUAUAAUCGUGCACUAUGUUCUGGUACAGUGAAUAAAGGAUUUGUUAAUAA